CUUAACAUAUUUAAGUGAUGGUGGGGGGAACUGAACCAAUCAGCAAGCAGGAAAUAAACGUACGAAAUUCAAACGGUCCAGUUUCCUCAGUUUAUAAACAGUUUACUUGCUGUUCGUGUGUAUCGUUGUAUUUACAUUUGAUAUAUUUUAUUCCGUUCAUACCUGAGAUAUGGCCACUCGCAAAUUCAAAAGAGAUAUAGUUCCUCUAACCAAAGGGCCUUCUCUUCGAUCUAAAAACGAAGCUCCUGUAAAGAUUCAUUGCGUUGCUGAUAAUUUAGGUCCCCUGAAACGCACCCGUUCUAAGACUGAAGUCACCCAAGGACCAGACCAGAAACGAAGAGCUGUAUUUGGCGAUAUUACCAAUAAAAAGAAGAAUACGAAAAUAAUAGAAAAGGAAAGCAAACUGCCAGUUAAAAAACAAGGUGUAACUAAAAUAACAAGAUCUACAAUCGUUUUGAAGCCAAAAUGCAACCCAAAGCAAGAAGAACCCCAAAUUGAAGAACUUACCAAGGCAUUACAACCAAUUGACUUGGCUCGAGAUAACCCAGAAUCUUCUCCAGUUAUAAUAAUUGAUCUGGAGCCACCUAAAGUUGAAGAACCAGAAGUACCAAAGGUUGAUUAUGAUGCUUUUGAUAAAGAACAUAUGAAAGAUCCUUUCUGGGAAGCUAUAUAUGCUAGAGAUAUUUUUGAUUACUAUAAAGAACAAGAGUGCAAAUAUGUUGUACCGGAUUACAUGUCCAGUAAACAAAAUGAUAUUACAAGUGAAAUGAGAACCAUUCUUAUGGACUGGUUGGUUGAAGUUCAGACCAACUUUGAAUUACAUCAUGAAACACUCUACCUUGCUGUCAAGCUUGUUGAUACGUAUCUCUCUAAAGUCACUAUCAAACGUGCACAUCUUCAACUUGUCGGGACUGCUGCAAUGUUUAUUGCCUGUAAAUAUGAUGAACGCAUUCUUCCACAAUGUGAUGAUUUCUUGUAUAUGUGUGACAAUGCUUAUUCAAUGGAGAAACUAUUUGAUAUGGAGAAGAAAAUUUUUGUUGCUGUGGACUUUCGAUUGGGUAUCCCUCUCUCUUAUCGAUUUCUUCGGCGCUAUUGUAAGGUUGCUAAUUUUGAAACCAAAACGCUGACACUAGCCCGUUACAUACUUGAAUUAUCACUUCUGGACUACAGUUUUGUUUAUGAAAAAGAGUCUUUGAAGGCAGCUGGCUGUUUGUGGUUGGCAUUAAAGAUGGAGGCUCUUGAAUGGAAUGCUAUACUAACUCAUCACUCUGGUUAUUCUGAAGAAGAAGCAAAGAAAAUGGCUAAGAAACUUAAUUAUAUGUUGUUACAUCCUGUAUUCAAUGCAGUCAAUGAAGUUUAUAAUAAAUAUUCAAAUGAAGUUUUCAUGGAAGUAGCAGAAAUUCCUAAAUUGUCAAUGGCACAACUAGAUUAAUCAUGUUGCCUCAUCUGAAAAGUGUAAAUAUAGAAUAUGCACAGAAACCACCUAAACAUCACAGAAAAUAGUGAUACAUUUCUGAUUAUGAAUGAUUAAUUGCCUGAAAAUGCUGAGUGUUUGUGGUUGGUGACAGGUUCUGACAGAAGCUGUAUUUUUAUUUUACUGUACAAAAUUUCAUAAAGACCGAUAUUUUUGGCAUUUUGACUUUUUAAAAUUUCCGAACUAUAUCUUACCUGAAAGGUGACGAAUUCUUAUUUAAUUUUGGCUGUGUUUUUAAAUUUUUCUUUUGUAGUACAUGUAUGAGUAUUAUCUGAAAUCAGCAAAAUACUGGAGAAAUUCAGCUAAAUUAAAGGGGGAUUCUAAUAUAAACAAACAAAAAAAAAUUGUUUCGGCUUUUUUAUUUUUUUUUAACAUCUGGAAAAAUUUUUUUAUAGAAAUAUAGUGACUUUGAAAGUUUCGAAAUUAUUUUUUUUAAUAAACCAGUUUACUCAAAGUUCAUUUUUUUUCCCCAGUUAAAUAUAACUAUUACGAAAGCAUAUUAGUGUUUAGAAUAAGGAAUUUGAGAUAACUUCUUUUUAGAAUUUAGUAUAUAGUUUCUAUGAAUAAAAUAUAAUUCACAUU